CAGGCGGCCCUCCCCCUCUGCCAGGGACAGCUCCGGGUCUGUGGGGGCACAGCUCCCGUGGAACCGGAUGCAGACCCUGCCUGCGAGGGUGGGCCAGGCUCCGCCCCCCUCCUUACACGGGAAGGCACCAGCGCCCCAUUUUAAGAGGGAAGCCCGUCUUAGAGGCCCAGAUGACCGAAUGAACUCCAGUUCAGGUGCCAACCAGGCCCGAACGAGCCGAGCGGGCGAGGACAGGCACCGAGGGGGCGCGGCCGCGGCCGGACGACACCGCGAGCGACACUCAGGAGCAGCCCGGGGCCCGACAGCCAGCGCCUUGGCAAUGGAGCGCCUUGUCGCCCGCCGCACCUUUCCCCUGUUCGCGCGCACCAGCGCCUGCCGCAGCCUUUUCGGGCCGGUGGACCACGAGGAGCUGAGCCGGGAGCUGCAGAUCCGCCUGGCCGAGCUGAGUGCCGAGGACCAGCGCCGCUGGGACUACAACUUCCAGCAGGACGUGCCACUGCGCGGCCCCGGACGUCUGCAGUGGACCGAGGUGGACAGCGACUCCGUGCCCGCCUUCUACCGCGAGACGGUGCAGAUUUCUUCGCCAAGCGCAAGAGACCCGCGCCCGAGGCCAAGGCGUCGAACGAGGUGCCCGCGGGAUGCGCCGCCCCUGGCGGCGCUCCAGCCGUCGGCUCGGCGGAGCAGACCCCGCGCAAGCGGCUGCGAUGAGGUGGCCCUGAGAGAGCCCGCGGGGCAGCGGACAGGACAGGAGCGCGGGGCCUCGGCUGGGACCGUCCAUGUAGCAGCAACCGGCGGCAGCUGCCACCGAGCAGCGUUCGGUUUCGUGUUUAAAAUUUAAAAAAAAAAAAAAAAAACUGUGCAAUGUAUUAAUAACGUCUUUUAUAUCUAAAUGUAUUCUGCACGAGGAGUACACUGGUCCCAAGGUGUAAAGCUUUAAGAGUCAUUUAUAUAAAAUGUUUAAUCUCUGCUGAAACUCAGUGCAAAAAAAUGAAAAAAGAAAAAAAAAGGAAAAAAGAAAAAAACAUGUAUAUUUGUACAAAAAGUUUUUAAAGUUAUACUAACUUAUAUUUUCUAUUUAUGUCGAGGCGUGGGCCGCUCUGCCACGCGGUAGCUCGGUUUAUUGGUUAUGCCAAAGGCACGUCACCGCAUCUGGUCAUCGACAAAUGUAAAUUUAUUUUUAUAGCGGACUCUGGGGGGAGGGGUCGCUCCCAAGCUGUAGCCGCCGUACAUGCCCAUCUAGCUAGCAGUUCUCUUCGCGCUUUCGCUGUCUCUCUUUAUUAUUAUGAUUAUUUUAAACUUGAAGACAAAUUUGUUAACAUGGUUCCUGAGCCGUCUGCACCACUGCCCCGGCCCCUCGUCCGCCGGGUUCUAAAUAAAGAGGCCGAAAAACGCUGCAAGUCA